AUGAAAGCAUCAUUGAUCGUGAGUGGACUCCUGGUUGUGAUUUUUGUCGUUACGGUUUCAUCCCAAAACAGCCUUGAGAACGAUGAGGGAUCCCAAAGUUGUAGGCGCAAGAUUCAAAAAAAUUGUACGUCUUCCACCAAGUCCUGUGGCCGCCUCGGAAAGGCCAACAUCUGUACUUCCUUUGAGAACGAUUGUCAGCGUCAGAUGAAUAAUUGCGGUAGUGCCGCCUCAACAAAGUUUUACCGCAAAGUGCAUUCUAAUCUCUGCCGAGGCCUACCAAAAAAUACUCCUAGACCUUGUGGCAGUGGUUCCAAAUCUGUAACCAACAAAUCUAUCGAAUAG